GAAUCAGGGCCCUUCUUGGGGUCUCUUCCAACUCUAUGAUUCUUGGCCAGAGGUGUCCUUUCCCUAAACCUUUCUGGCCCUUCCUCCUCCAGCUUCCAAGCCUUUGCCCCCAACCCCAGCCCCGGACGAAUACCUCGUUUCCCCCAUCACCGAGGAGAAGAUCCCUGCCAGCAAGAUGCAAGAACAAGAACGCUUCUGGAUCCCUGAUGGCUGGAGCAGAGGGAUUGCUCGCUCCGGGAGAAACAGACGGACGAUGAAGUCUAUGCGCCAGGCUUGGAUAUCAAAAGCAGCCUGAAGCAGCUGUCUGAGCGCCGUACUGACAUCUUCGGCGUGGAGGAGACGGCCAUCGGCAAGAAGAUUGGGGAGGAGGAGAUCCAGAAGCCAGAAGAAAAGGUGACCUAGGACGGCCAUUUGGGCAGCAUGGCCCGCACCCAGCAGGCGGCCCAAGCCAACAUCACCCUGCAAGAGCAGAUUGAGGCGAUCCAUAAAGCCAAGGGGCUGGUGCCGGAGGACGACAGCAAGGAGAAGAUCGGCCCAAGCAAGCCCAACGAGAUGCUGCAGCAGCAGCCGCCUCCACCGCCCUCCUCAGCCCCCAACAUGCCGACCAACGCCCCGCUGAUCGUGUCCGUGCCUCGCCCUCCUUCGAUGCCGCCCCCUGUCCGCACGACCGUGGUCAGUGCCGUCCCGGUCAUGCCCCAUCCCCCGAUGACUUCCGUCGUCCGAUUGCCGCCGGGGUCCGUGAUCGCCACGCUGAUGCCACCCAUCAUCCACGCCCCCCGGAUCAACGUCAUGCCGAUGCCGCCAUUGGCUCCCCCCAUUAUGGCACCGCGCCCGCCUCCCAUGAUCGUGCCGACGGGAUACAGACAGGGACCGGUCAGCGCACCAGGUAACUCCCUUAAGCGUCGUCAUUGCGUCCUAAAACUAACCUUCCGGUCAAGCUCUCGGUUUGCAUGCAUUGAGAGUGGGGCCAUUGGGGAAAACACAGUUGUGGUCUGUGUAUAUGAUUGUUUGUCAAUAGUUUCUGACCUUUAUGGACCUCUGAUCAUUGCCGCUCUGGAAAGACAUGGCUGCAUGAUAGCUUGGGUUUCAAUGCGCCAGGUAUCCUCUUUGCAAGGAGGACCGCGCAACGAACGCAGACGGCAUU